AAGGCGCCAAAUUUGUUCCUUCAAAAAGAAAAAAUUAAACACGAUUAUCGGACAAUUUCCAACCAAAUUUUACCAUAUAAAACCAGUAAAUCCUACAUAGAACUAUAAUAUGUUAUUCUACUUGUUUUAAGACCGGGUUUUCACGUCUAAAAUGAGUUCUUUAGAAGAAAAUUCUCGUCUAAGUCCGAGACAAGAGUUUGAUGUUUGUGAAGAACUGAGAAAAUGGGCUGUUGAAGAAAUGAGGUUUAGACCUCAAGGAAAACAUGUUAAUACUUCUUUACCUACCUCACAAGACUUGAAAAUGCUGAGUAGAGGCUCCAUGGUGAAUGUAUGGGAAUUUGUUGUUAAACAUGUCAAGUCAGCACAGAAUGCACAAAAAAUCAGAGGAAAUCUAAAAUUACAACAAUUACUUCAUGAUAACCAUGCAAAAAAGUCCAAACUAUCUAAGCCUGGUGAGAGAGAGGAGCUUCAAUCGGAAUUCGAAAAAGUCACUAGAGAACUAGCAGAUAUUAGAGGCAGGGUAAAUCAUAUCCAGAAGGAAAUCAAGCAUUUGGAGAAAGAGAUCUUGAUCACAGAGCAAGCAUACAGUUCAGCAGCCAGAGACAUAUCUGACCUGCAGAAACGAAGCUCUUUGCUAUCAGCUCAUUCUAAACAGUGUACAAAUAUUAUACAAGCAUAUAAAGAAUUAACCACACAGUUGAAGAAUAGACUAGACAACCAUCGCAACCUUGAAAGAAAGUCUGCUGGAGAGACCACUUACUACACAGUCCAGCGAGACAACACUAGAUCCGAUCUGUUAAGCACUCCUGCACGCCUGGGUGAUAGAUCCUCGGCAAGUGUUUUGGAGUCAUCUUGUACUAGAACAGUACGUGAGGCCUGUGAAUCUAUUGGAUCUUACUUAAAAGCCAUUUGUGUAUCAGAAGUGGACCAAAAUGAACACCCAGAGGCUGCUCAACCUGCAAGUAAGGCACAGCUGUGGUCAGCAAUAGAGGUUAUCAUUAACCAGAAUCCUUCACAAGACAUUUUAUUGUCAUUAGUUGUCACAACACAAGAUUCAGCCACAAGUUUAAAGGAGUUAACAGAGAAAAUUAACCUAAAGCAAGAUGCUGAAGAACUCAAGUUUGAGUAUGAGAAAGGUGGAAAACUAACAGAUACAUCCCAGCCUCCUACCCUACUACAAAGUGUUCAUCAACUAAUUGAGGAAGGUCAAGCACAACAUUUCCAGCGAUUUUUAGAUGCCGAAAGAGCAAUGAAUGCAUCCUGGAAGGCCCGUAAAGAACUGCAAGCACUAAACCAUCAGAUGGAGGAUAGGCUAGACUCCAGAUACAGGGGAUUACCAGGAAGUGUAGAGUUAGCCAAAUCCCUCUACCACUGUGAGCUAGAACUAGCAGCCUCCAAAGCCUCAUUAUCUUAUAUAAAAACAGCCAUUCAAGACCUUGAACAGACUAGACACGAGAGGCUUUUGGCCUUGGAGACUAUCCAACACAAACAUAACAAGAUUGAAGACUUUGAAAAACUGGCAAAAUCCAAGCAGUCCAUUAUCCAAGCACUAGUGAAGCAAAACUUUGCAGCAAUGACAAGGCUGGAAAAGCAAAAACUUGAGCUGUUGCACUAUAUGCAAAACAAAGUGUGCACUCACCAGGCGCAUGUCGCAGCUAUGGCAAUUCGUCUUCAAAAGGCAGUGUCGUGUGAUGUUGACAAGUUUGCUGCUGUGCCAAUGACACGCCUUCUUCACCUUAGCAUGGAAAGUGGGCAAAGGAUUCCCAUGGAUGAUUUGUCUAUCUAUCGGCUGGAGGAUCUACAGAGCCGAUCAGGAGGGGAACCCAUUGGACAAAUACUGGACAAGCUUGAUUUCCCAUCCUAUAAGGCACCUGAAGAACUUCUUUCUGCAACUGUUGAACUCAGGAAUCUGAUGGAGGAUACAGCAGUACUUGUAAACAGCAGACAACAAGACAUUAUUGAACAAAAUGAAACCAGUUCUGCAGAUAGAAUUGUCAGUCAUCUAAACACUUUGCGACAUGAAGUCAGCCAACAAGACAACCAUGAAUUAAAUCAUGUCUUACCACAUGUCCAGGAUGGGUUAGGCAAAGCUACUAAGGCCCUGUCAAAAUGCAUUGCGGUCAAGGACAGCGCAAAUGUUUGGUGGGAACAGCCCGCCCAGUAUGUUGUGCCAUGGGUCAAGGUUAGCGACAUGAACACAAGACAGUGGCUGGACCAGUGGACAUUGAAUGCUACUAGACUGCGCCAACUACAGAUGCAGCAUUAGAUUAUGACAGAUAGUGGCCAUGAGACUCUUAGACCAAACUGGUAAGAUGCUAGUGUAUGUGAGCCUCCGGUACUAGUGUUUUUACCAUGGGUGUAUGAUUUAAACAACACCCAUG